AUGGAUGGGGAUCUAUCCCACCGUAGCGCCGGCGAUGAGGCCGACAAGGAGAUGACCCGACUUUGGCGCACCUGGAGAACUGUCUAUGAGAUGCUCGCGGACCGAGGUUAUGAAGUCUCCGACGAAGAGCUUCAAGUAUCUCUGAUCGAGUUCAGAAACAGAUAUUCUGACCCUAUGGGAUACCCUGACCGCUCGAAGAUGAAGAUCCAAGCCCGCCCCACUGAGGAAAUGAAAUUGAAAUACACUGCCCUUCCCAGCAAAUCCAACCCGUCUCCCCAGCCCGACUGCGGCACCAUCUACGUCGACUUCUGCCCCGAUUCUUCCGGUGUUGGAACCAAGCAGGUCCGCGCAUUCAACCACAUCGUCGACGAGAGCAACUUCCACACCGGUGUCUUCGUCACACAGACUCCUAUCUCCCCCUCCGCUGUCCGUCUGCUGAGCGGUGUCCCCGGCCGUAUCUGUGAACACUUCCAGGAGCAGGAUCUGCUGGUUAACAUUACCCGCCACGAGCUGGUGCCUAAGCACGUUCUGCUUAGCCCCGAGGAGAAGGCACGUCUGCUAGAGCGGUACCGAUUGAAGGAGUCCCAAUUGCCGCGCAUGCAGGUGUCUGAUCCCGUGGCCCGGUACCUGGGACUGCGCCGAGGUCAGGUGGUGAAGAUUAUUCGCAAGUCUGAGACUGCUGGUCGUUACGCUUCUUACCGAUGGGUGCUGUAA